CAGCAGCCUGUCUGUACACAAACGGGGUUGUUAAUAAUAUACCUAGGCUUAAAUUGUAUACUCCAAUCGCACUCAUUAGUGCUUAGUACCUUUUAAAAUUCAUCUUAACAAAUAUGUUUGGGUGUUUAGUAGCAGGACGUUUGGUUCAAGGUGAUCCGACUCGGGUGGACGAGACACAUUUUAUUUUCAACUUGGUGGACACGGAAAAUAUCAGUCAUGUGGUGAUAUUUAUGCUAGGCACCGUACCUUUUCCAGACGGACUUGGGGGCGCUGUGUACUUUGGUUGGCCAACAACAGCUGGGUUAACGUGGCAGUAUUUAGGUCAUGUAUCAAAUGAUAAACCAAGUGCUAUUUUUAAGCUUUGUAAGGCAAAACCAAUAGAAAAUGCUGGGUUUGGAUCAACAUUUGGUGGUGGAACAUCGACGAAUGCCCAGAUAGGCAUUGCUGUUGAAAGUAUUAAUGAAAUAAUACAACGAACACCCAACUCAAAUACUCAGGCUUCCAAGGUAGAAUCUUUUCGAGAAUUUAGCCAGAAAAUGCUUGAAAGUUUCUUUAAUUAUGCAUCGUCAUUCGCAGUAACUCAAAGUCAGAUGGUACCCCAACCAGACACAACAUUCAUUCCAGCGGAUGCCAUCCAGAAAUGGUUUGACAAUUUUCAACGAAAGCUUUCACAAGACUUAUACUUUUGGAGAACAUAGUGACGAAAUAAGCCACCUGGUUUCCAAUUAAAUAUGUAAAUGAAAUGGUCAUUUACUACACAUAAUUGAAUGCUGAUUGGUCAUUUUUUUACCCGAAGUCACAGCAAGUCCAGCUUAGAAAAGUUAACACAGUGGCACGCCAGGCCUAGUUACUAUAGGAACACAGUCCGGCUUGAGAUAAGCCACCUAGUUCAGACUGGCAGGUGGAUAAACCCAGUGAGCUGAGACGGGUUUAUCCACAGUCUGAACUAGGCCAUAGUAAUGCUAGCAAUUGUUUAUAGACUUGCAACAAAUCCCAUAUUAUUUUGUUUCUCAUUCAUGACAGCGCCACCAAUGAUAAGACGGAGUAAUCGGGGAGAAAAAAUUGAGUAUGGGACGCAAAUUAAAUUUGGUAUGGCGCACACUAAGUGCAACAAAGAGUGUGUAACCCAACAUUAGGGCCUGAAACUCAGACUAGUAACUUUGCUGGAGAAACACUUCCACUCCAUGGUCAAGAGUGGCGCUAAACAAAAUAUUCAUGAUGUCACUUAUUCGAGAGGCAAUUUAUGGAGAAAUUUAUAGAUUUUUAUUUCUCUAUGUAGUCUAUACAUUUUUAUACAUUAAUCUGCUCAAGGAGCAUCUUGAUGAAGACUGGUGCAUUAUAAAUGCACAGUAUUAUUAUUACUAUUAUUGAACAUGCGCAGUGUGUAUAUUUUUAUUUUAAUAAUAUCUAAUAGAAUUAUAUAAAUGAUUAUUACAAUUUAGCAUUUUAGGUAACCACAUAUUGAUUUGUAUUGACCAAGCAAAAUUUAAACAAUAGUACACCUGACUACUUAAGUCUGCCAAUAAUAUUUAAUUGCACAAAAAACACUUUUGUAACACUGUAGCUGUUUAUAAAUAAGCUAGUUUUGUUUUGAAUUCCAUUACAAAAAUAUGUUAUACUAAUGGGGAUACAAACCCAAUACCCCCUGAUUUCCGGUUGGGGCACUCCACCAACUGAGCCAAGGUACAGUAUUGCAUAAUAUGCAAUUAAUUGAUAAUCAUGUGAUAUUAAACAUAA